AUGAAUUCCGUUCGCCAGUCAUGCCGACCCAAGCACCAGGCCCUCAUCCUGAAAUGCUACCCGCGCUUCCAGAAGGGCGUGCAGGAUGUCAAGCCGAAUUCCAGUGAACUCUCCUAUCUUUUAUACUAUGCCAGCACGCGUCGCAGCAAGCUGCAGAAGGUCGGAGCGUUUUUGGUGAAGAGGGCUGCCAGGGACGUCUGGAGAGGCAGGCUUGGAAAUGUCCAGGUGACGCUCAAAAUACUCACGGCGCUCAUCGAGAAGCUGCCACGCGACUUGCCCCUCUAUGCGCACUCAGUCCUGGCCGUGAUCGAGACGGUCCUCCGCUCCAAUGACAUCUCCAUGGUCGAAGAGAGUAUCUCGACUUUUGAAACCUUUUGCAGCAAUCAGGAUCUGGCUGUGCUGGCCGCAGAACAACAAUAUGCUAGUCAGUAUCAAAACAUCAUUCAGACAUAUGCCACCUUCGCUUCUCCAACAUCGGGCGUGCCGUCCAGAAACUUGAGCCCUCCCACGGCCCUGCGAUGGAGGGAUGCGGGCCUCAAGGCAAUCCGGAGUGUCGUUAGUUCCGAGGCGCUGGGCACGGACGGCGGCAAGCAGCUCAGCAUUGUCGUGCCAGUCAUCCUCGAGAAUCUCUAUGCUGGUGAUGAAGACGUCCUGGUAUCUUUGCAGAUGAAGGCCGAGAGCACGGAGAAGGCCGAGCGGGAACACAUUCGACGACGCCGGACCAGCACCGUGACGGUCCAGACCGUAGAUACUGUGGAGGGCAACGUCGCCGAGGCUGCUGGUUCCGCGGCUGAUGCGGAUAAGGCUGCAGAGCUGGAAGUCCGCCUCCUGGCCUUGAGAUGCCUGGAGCGCAUCUUUGUCGUAGGGAGCAACCGGGCUCAGAUUCGGACCGCCGCAGGCCUUGUGCUGCAGUUUAUCGUGGGCAGAAAUCAGAUCCGCAGCGCUGAGAAGCAAGAGAGCGGCCACUGGGCGACCUCCUUGAUGGAGCUCAUCGCCAAAUGGUGUCCCGUUCAGGAUCGAUUCAUUGUUCUGUUCACAGCCUUAGAACAUCUACUUGAAACCCCUGUCGAGGAAGACAGGCUCCAUCAACAUAUUACCUUGGCAUCCUUAAUCGACUCGCUGCUCAAAUCUCCUAUAAAUAUGAUUGGUCUCAGCGUCAUCGAUGUGCUGGUUGGAUUGGUGCAACAUAUACUGCGCCUGCUUCAAUCGCCGGCUCAGCCUAGCUCUACAGAACUUACUGAGAAACCGAAGGAGACUGGCGCAGAUGCUGAUGCUGCGGCGGAAGGUAACGAAAAGCCGCGUGCCGCAGAUCAAGGUCUCCCGUCUGCUACCCGAGAAAAAUUGGUUACGCUGCUUCAACAGUGUAUUGGUGAUCUUGCAACGCACAUAUACUACGCAGAUCAAAUUGCAGACAUGAUUAGGGCGAUCCUCAGACGGAUCAGACCUUUGACAUCUGAUGUGUCCACAGAUGCGGUGGUGAGGACUUUAUCGGGAGAGCCCGCCUCCGCGACAAAUUCUACGGGCGAACGGCAUACCGAUUCGUUCUUCUAUUCGGAAGCCGCAAGAAUCGCUGCUUUGAAAGCGAUCAAGAACAUUCUGGUGGUUGCGAACCUGAGGAAAGCCACAGCUGGGGCCGGCGUUGAAUCGCGAAACAAAGUCGAUAUUCAAGUUUGGGAAGGGACACAGUGGCUGCUGCGCGAUCCAGACCGCCGAGUGCGUCACGCGUAUGCAGACGCCUUCCUUUCUUGCCUGCAGCUUGAGACGACCAAGAGCGAUCUCAGGGUCAAGGACACUCCGUCGAGAAAGAUAUCCAGAUCGUUGUCGCUGUCGGAGAAAUCGGCAAAGCGGCACGUCUCGACACCCAGCACCCCCAUAGAGAAGACGUCCACAGUAGCAUCGUCGAACUUUCUACAGUGGUUGCACCUGGCACUCUAUGAUAUCGCAAUCGAGUCUCCGACAGUGGAGUCCGACAUCCUUCUCAUCCACCUGAUCCUGGUCAACCUGGUCGAGUAUCUCGGUGUCAACGCCGCACGGUUUGGAGUGCCUAUGAUUCUGAGGUUGCAGGACGACCUGGCUACAGACGAAUCACUACGAGCCCCUGCUGCUCAAGUCAAUAUUGGUAGUCUGGUCUAUGGUUAUUUCGCCGCACUAAGUGAGAAAUUUGACUUUGAGACGUCUAAAGUCGGCAGCGCGAUUCAUGCAGAAACAUCGAGAAGAAAGAAGGCUGGCCUCUGGCUCGAGAAGAUACAACUUCCGCCACUCCCCUUGAACCAGAUCGUUUUGACCCCUGAAACGGGAAAUGGAAACCAGAGGGCUGAGCUCCAGGGGACCCUUAAUCCCUUUACCGCUAAGGAGGAACUUGUCCGUCAAAUUGAGAACGCCUAUACGGUGUCUGUGAUAACUGGUCCACAGACCACCCCCCCUAGUUCUCCCGGACGAUCAUCGAGUGUUCUCGGUACCGGAAAAGGUCAUGUUACUGCUUCGACUGCAAAGCAAUCGCAGCAAGUAACCUUGCCAGCAGAGAUCGGAGAGCAGAUGCGCUCGGCCUGGUCUAAGGAAGCCUGCCUGGCAGCCUUGGAGAGCCAGAGUGCGAAGACGUCGUCAUUGAGUGGAUCAAGAAACGGCACUUCGGUGAAGCGAAACUAUGGCCAGCUCAAUGGAAACGGCUCUCCGAACGGUGCAGGUUCGCCAGUUACCGCCCAUCGUCACGAACAUCACCUCUCCGGUUCCCAGGGAUUCGGGAGCUAUGGGAGCCCAUACGGCUAUCGCCAUACCAGUCUACCUGAAGGUUCUCAUACACCUCUUACGAGCUCCAGUAGAGAUUCAACCCUCCGGGUGAAUGACUUGAAGCGGAUGCUCACGGUGGCUGAGAAUACCAAUGUGCGGCGAUCCAGCCCGCUAAGGGGCCGUUUAGAUGCUGCUACAGCUGGCAGCGACGCGAGUUCGAGCAGUGAGAGCAUGGUCAGUGGGACCUGGGCGUCCGAUUUUGGCCCAGAGAACGCCUCGAGCAGACCACAAUCCCUCAAAGAAUCCGUUGGCAGAAGUAGUCGAGAUGGCUCCGAGACUCCUAGGGCUUCUAUGGUUCAUCUCUCGAAUGAGGCUCACGAAGAGUCUGCCUCGCCGACCAAAGACGACCCGGAUGGCAUCCCGCCGGUUCCGCCAUUGCCUCCUGGACUGUCCAUUCCCGGUGGAUUUCCUUCCGACUCGACCACCAGUUUGUCUCGUCCUGUGUCUGAUCGUCCUGUGACGGCACCAGGGCCUCGAAAGGCCGGCUCCGUCAAGGGCAAGACAGACAGUCCGUCUACGCCACAACAAAAUAGAACGUUGGCCGCGCGUAAGAGCCGCUCCAGCACUAGCCUUGGAGGUUCAGGUUUCAAGAAAGGUGGUUCGUCUGUCGAUUAUGGCCGCCGAACUGUCCCUAACCAAGGGAAUACCGGAGACACAAGGAUCAGUCAGCGGUUUGAGAUUGAAAAGCUGCUGGAUGAUAUCGUACCGCGUGCUCCUGGCGGUGAUAGUACCGGCACAGGCAAGCCAGCAGAGACGACCGGUCACGCGGAGAGAAGAGUAAGCGACCGGAGGGGCCUCGCUGGUGGGAUUGGGCGACCUCCUUACUAG